AUGGUGGCAAAUAAGCGGUUGGGUAUUGUCGUUGAUGGAAACGCAUCUUUGAGGCCUCACUGGCCACAUAUUGUUUCAGAUUAUCUUGAAAAGAUUGUCAGGAGCUUCUUGGGUAACUACCAUGAAGAGGGAGCUUAUAUUGGGUUGAUAUAUUAUAACACAAACUCUGAUGCAGAGAGUAAUGUCCAAUUUGUCGAAUGGACAAAUGAUGAGAAUAGAAUUCUAGAAACCCUAAAAACUUUACCUUUCAAUGGAAAUGGUGAAAACCAAUACACUAUGGCGAAUGGCCUAGCCGAGGCUUUGACGAUGUUCCUGAGCCCCUCUAAUUAUACAAUGACAACACAAGAAUACUACAGUGCAGAAAGACACUGCCUUUUGGUAACUGCAGGUGAACCCAAUCCCAAGAGAAUGUGUGUGUCUAUGCCCACCAUUCAAGAAGGACAAGUUGUUGGCCAAAAUUUAAAUGUCUAUAUGGCUGAUUUUCUUGAAGUGGCUGAAAUGUUUUCCCCGCUAGCUGUGUCCCUAUCAGUCAUAACUCCUAAUGAAUCUAAGAUUCUUAGAGAAAUCUUCAAUAAGGGUAAUAAUGUUUCUCCAAUGGAAAAUUAUUCUAUUCUCAAUCAUGGAAUUAAUCAGGAUAUUGUUUUACUAUCAAACAACUUUCAAAAGGGACAUGUUGCUCUUCAUGGAAACAUAAUGGUGACUUUACCUACACAAAGAGAUGUAGAAUCAAUAAACAUACUACCUGCAAUUUCACUUCCUAAGGUUAUCUCCAAUAACUCUCAAGAAGGUCAAUCCUCAACACAUCAAAUGGUCAUGGGAGGUCAAAUCAUAGAAGCUCUUAAUGAUGUGGAGCCACCCUUAGUAUUCCCAAAUGCAACAGAUUAUAUGGAUAUUUCAUCCUCCAGCUUUGAGUACCCAAUGGAUAAUCUUGAUGACAUGUUUGCUGAUCUAAAUGUCGAGAAUGAUAGUUUGAUAGCAAGGACAGACCAAGGAUCAACACAACAAGAAUGGCAUCCUCAGUCUGGUAUGACAAGCAAUACAUCAGAUAGAUUGGGGAUUGUUGAACAACAAGAUCAUCCUCAUUUCAAUGAUGGUGCUUCAUUUGGUAGUUCAAUGAUUCCCCAUGCAAAAGAGAACUCACUCGUGCAGCUUCAAGUACACUCAACACCAAUAAUUUCAGGGUUGCAUGAUGCAACUAGUCAAUAUAAUAGAGGGCCAAUUAUGAAUUUUUCAGGACAACCUAUAGAGGAACAUUUUCCUAUGGGAACAACCACUUGGGUUCCUCCUAUGCCAGGAAUAGCUCCAGCAAGCUAUCCAAGACAGCUUUUUCCUCCUCCAUCUCCUUCAAAUCUUGUAGACUAUGUGAAAACAUGGGAGGGAUCUUUGGCUGUAAUGUUUCAACCAUAUCUUGUAUCUAUUAUUAAAGCACAGGUCUUCAAGAAGGCAACAUCACCCUUGUAA